CGCCCCGCUCCCGCGCCCACCCCGCCACCGCCUGGUCUGACAUCGCCCAUCCUAUUUCUUUCCGUCUGCUGGGGGAUGCAAAAGACACCAGUUGAUUACAACCAACCCCGGACACCCCCCCGCAUCGACGCCCCCGAGGGACACGGGACUCCGGAGGGAGAUGGGGGACGGCAUCACCCCUCACCGGAGCCCCCCUGGGUACCCUGUAAAUUCCCCCCACGCCGCUGCCAUUGCCCGUCCUCCUCCCGGUGUCCUGCCAAUCCCUUCCAGACGGACGAACGGACAUCAUGGAAACCCAAAGUGGGAAGGCGACGGCGGUGUGACCCCUCCCGGCCACAUCCUGCCCCCACCCCGGUGCCAAGACGGCAUGUGGCCCCACUGCCAAGGGUGCUCCUGGGGACCAAAGGAUGCUCCUGGGGAUGGGCGAGAGGAGGAUGCUUAUUUUUGGCACUCGUGGGUGGCAGCAGAGGCUGGAUGGGUCCUCUCGCACCCCCGGAGUGGGUCACCGAGCCACCCCCCCCCGUGCUGCGUGUACCCCCAAGCCCCCGGCCCUGCCCUUGGGGUGCCCGGCGCUUUCUCCUGGUGAAUAGGAUGUUUUUCUCCGCCCACCCACCCACCACCCUCGCAUGCUCGCUUGCUUCAGUCUCGUGGUACGGCAGGCUCCGGGGUACCCGGGGGGGGACGGUGACAAGUGACAGCCCCCACUUGGCCCCUCCAUAAGCCUUCGCCCCGGCUGGAUUGUGCCCCGGGAGCCGGACUCUCCCAGCAAGCAUCCCCCCUCGCCCUGGGGACCCCGCUGCACCCCGGUUUACAUGGGCUCGGUGGGGCGAUGCUGCUCCCCGCGGGAUGCCGACGUCGAGGAGCGACCCGUCCGGCUGGGAUGGGGUGUCCCGGGGGACCGGGGCCAGGUCUGAGCCGUCGCGGGGACACCGGCGGCAGAGAGCGAAGGCGGGAGGUGGUACCUAGGACACGCUGCCACUGCCACCACUUUUCCAGCUGGAAAGCCAUCAUCCCGAUGCCAGCAGCAAGCGGGGGGCUGGGGGGACCCCUGGCCUGAGCCGAGCCGGGCAUGGGGCUGGGGUGCCCGCGGGGACCCGGCGUAGGAGGGGGCUCGGUGGCCAUCCCCGGGGCAUCGCCCACUGCCACCCUGGCUGCCUGCACGGCCCCCGGAGGAGCGUGGGCACGGACACGGACACGGGCACGGACACGGACACGGACACGCUUUCGGGGUUUGGGGUGCAGGGAGCGCCCCGCGGAGAUGACUGCGGCCUCGUUUCGCCCAACCUCUUGCUGGAGAAGCUGCUCGCCUCAGUCCACGUUGCUGUAGUUGACCUCCCGUAGCGCCAGCAACAGCCACUCUCAUCAGCGGAGCAUCUCGGGGGGUUGAACUGAGGAGGGAACAAGGAACCCAGAAAAGGUUUUUCAAGAACUCCCUGAGAAGGAUUUACAGAAGGCAGCAGGAGGAGAAGCCCGGCCUGGGGCUGUAUCUCUCUCCCCGCAAGUGGCAACCGGGCUGUAGCCUCUCACCUCUGCAGCCUGUUGAUGUGGCCACAAAAAGCUGCGGUUGAAGCCACCUGGGCCUGCCAGGAGCUGCGGGAGCUGAGCCUGUUCCUUCCCAGCUCUGGCUGAAGUGGAGCAGGGCGGCCGCGUGAGCGUGAAUGCAGCCUGUGGGGACGCAAGCCUCCGAGCCUGCUCCUGGAGAGGGGAGUGCGCCCCGAGGACGGCCAUGGAGAAAAUGGCCAGGGUCACCACCGCCCUGGGGGGCAACGCCCUCACGGGACGGACCAUGUUCUGCCACCUGGAUGCCCCUGCCAAUGCCAUCAGUGUGUGCCGCGAUGCUGCCCAGGUGGUGGUGGCCGGCCGCAACAUCUUCAAGAUCUACUCCAUUGAGGAGGACCAGUUUGUAGAGAAGCUGAACCUCCGCGUUGGCCGUAAACCCUCCUUGAACUUCAGCUGCGCGGAUGUAGUAUGGCACCAGAUGGACGAAAACCUGCUGGCCACCGCUGCCACCAAUGGUGUGGUUGUCACCUGGAACCUGGGCAAGCCAUCCCGCAACAAGCAGGACCAGCUCUUCACCGAGCACAAGCGCACCGUCAACAAGGUCUGCUUCCACCCCACCGAGGUCUACAUGCUCCUCAGCGGCUCCCAGGAUGGCUACAUGAAAUGCUUCGACCUGCGCAAGAAGGACUCUGUCAGCACCUUCUCGGGCCAGUCAGAGAGCGUGCGUGAUGUCCAGUUCAGCAUCCGGGACUACUUCACCUUCGCUGCCACUUUUGAGAACGGGAACGUGCAGCUGUGGGACAUCCGCCGGCCGGACCGCUACGAGAGGAUGUUCACGGCCCACAACGGGCCUGUCUUCUGCUGCGACUGGCACCCGGAGGACAGGGGCUGGCUGGCAACAGGCGGCCGGGAUAAGAUGGUGAAGGUAUGGGACAUGAACACCACGCGGGCAAAGGAGAUCUACUGCGUGCAGACCAUCGCCUCUGUGGCCCGGGUGAAGUGGCGCCCAGAGUGCAAACACCACAUCGCCACAUGCUCCAUGAUGGUGGACCACAACAUCUAUGUCUGGGAUGUGCGGCGUCCCUUCAUCCCCUCUGCCAUGUUUGAGGAGCACAAGGAUGUCACCACGGGCAUCGUGUGGCGUCAUCUCCAUGACCCCUAUUUCCUCCUGUCGGGCUCUAAGGACAGCACCCUCUACCAGCACAUCUUCAAGGACGCCAGCCAGCCCAUCGACCGGGCUAACCCUGAGGGACUGUGCUACAGCCUCUACGGAGACCUGGCCUUCGCCGCCAAAGAGAGCCUCAUCUCCUCCGACUCCAACCGCAAGCCCUACAUCGGGGACCGGCGUCACCCCAUCUUCUUCAAGCGCAAGCUGGACCCCACGGAGCAAUUUGAGUACAUCUCCUCCUCCAGUGCCCUCAGCGUCUUCGAGACGGAUGUGGAGAGUGGCAGCAUGGACUGGUUCGUGCAUACUGCCAAGCAGUAUGCGCUGGCUGGCAGGCCCCUGGCCGAGCUCUGUGACCACAACGCCAAGGUGGCCAAGGGCUUGGACCGCAACCAGGUGGCUCAAACGUGGACGAUGCUGCGAAUUAUUUAUUCCAGCCUUGGCACCGUGUCAUCCACCAACCUCAACCACAGCAUGGGGAAAGGCAGCACCGCCCUUCCGCUCAUGAACAGCUUUAACCUGAAGGACAUCCCCUCUGGGCUGGGCAGCGAGUCGAGACUGGACCGCAGCAAAGGAGAAAGCCGCACGGAAAACAUCCUCAUGGAUUCCUCCUCCACCCUGAUCAACAAUGAGGACAACGAGGAGACGGAGGGUAGUGAUGUCCCUGCAGACUAUCUGCUGGGAGAUGUGGAAGCAGAUGAGGAUGACCUGUACAUGAUGGACCAUGAGAACCCACAUGCUGAAGAGCAGGAAUACAGCCUUCCCCAAGAAGCCUUCCCCCUGCGCCACGAAAUCGUGGACAACCCGUCAGCCUUGGACCACCUGCAAGACAAGGCUGACUCUCCUCACGUCAGCGGCAACGAGGCUGAGACGGUGUCACUGACACCCGUGGAGUCCUUCUCCCUCAUCUCCAUCUCCCACUCGCUCUACGAGAACCGCCUGCCCUCCGACUUCUUCAAUCCCAUUGUGCGGGACACGCUCCUCUUCUAUGCUGAGCAGGGAGACGUGCAGACGGCCGUGUCCGUCCUCAUCGUGCUGGGAGACCGCAUCCGCAAGGAGAUUGAUGAGCAGACCCAGGAGCACUGGUACACAUCCUACAUCGACCUGCUGCAGCGCUUCCAGCUCUGGAACAUCUCCAACGAGGUGAUCAAGCUGAGCACGUGCCGCGCCAUCAACUGCCUCAAUCAGGCUUCCACCACCCUGCACGUCAACUGCAGCAACUGCAAACGGCCCAUGAGCAACAGGGGCUGGAUCUGCGACAGGUGUCGACAGUGUGCCAGCAUGUGUGCCGUCUGUCACCACGUGGUGAAGGGGCUCUUCGUCUGGUGCCAGGGCUGCAGCCACGGCGGCCAUCUCCAGCACAUCAUGAAGUGGCUGGAGACCAGCUCCCACUGCCCCGCAGGCUGCGGCCACCUCUGCGAGUACACCUGAGCCCCU